CCAACGGCGAAAACUUCAGUUGUGAUGCGGGUUGCAUAGGCUGCAGGGAUUUAUCCGGUCCGUCGGUCCGUCUCGUCCCCGGGAAAGUACAUCAGGUCUGUACAGUAGCACCAAGCACAAGGGGCAAGCAGUGUUGGAAGUGUUGGUAGUGGCAAUGUGUGGCAAAGUAUCAGCACGAUGAAUUCGAUCGCACCAUAGGCGUGGAAAGGUUAAAAUAAUUGCUGUGAAAAUGUGAUAUUAUUUCCGCAAACGAAUCGCCGGUUCGAAGCGAAAGGUGUCAGGUUCGGUUCCAAGUGUGUUUUUGUGUGUCUGUGUGGUUAUUCUUCACAAUUCAAAAUUUUGGUGUGUUUCCUCCCAGUACUCCAUCACGAUCCAGUGCACGGUCAUAACCUCGCAAUAGUUUACCAUCAUCGCUGUGAAUGAUUUUUGUUGCCGUCAUCCAAGCCCCGAGAACUGCAAGCUCUGUGAUGCUGUGAAGGGAGCCGACACACGCGCACGCAAUUUCCUGAAGUUUGCAAGUGCAAGUCCUCUUUCCGUUCCCUUUUCCACAUCAACCGCUGUUCCUUCCGGUCCUUAUUUCCUCAAACGAGUAAAAAAAAGGUUGUGAAUCAAGUGCAACGAACGCGUGUCUCCCGAAGCACCUCAAAGCUCUCCUGUCUAUCCCCCGGUUUGUACAUUCCGACACAAAUGUUUGCCACCUCCGUGACGCUCGCGAUUGCAAACGGACGACCGACGACGGCGACGACCACCAUGAUGGACCGGACCGAGUAUGUGCUGGGCCUGAACAAACAUCGCAACCUGGGCCCAACCGGACUGGACAAGACCACGAUGGCAGCCCUGGCCACUAGCGGCAAGUUUAUGAUAUCGCACCUGCAGCCGCACGAUCAACUGCCGCACCUACCGAAGCCGGUCGAUCACUAUCCGCAGCAGUACGGUCACCAUCACCUGAACGAACCGGCGUACGACAGCACGUUCGCCAGUGCCCGCUACGGUCCGAAUUUGUUACGCUACGAUCCCGGAUCGAACCCGUCCUCGCAAACGGGUUACUACGCCGCCGACUACCAUCACUACCAUCACCACCCGGCGUACCAGCAGCAGCCGGCCCGGGCAGCGCACCGGUCCAGCAGCAGUGCAGUAGGUGCCGACCCGAUCACGGCCCGCUCGGUAAGCGAGCGGCUGAACAACUACGACUACCGCAGUGAACGUAACCGGGUCGCCCUGUACGGUGGUUACGGCACGGAGCCGGAACGUUCAUCAAGGGCCCCGAUCGGUGGUAUCCUCAAGAACAACAUUACGCCGAGUGGGAACUACCACCACCAGGGCGGUGGCAGCCACAGACCCCAGCAGCAGGCACGGGCACUGAUUUACGACGACGCGCGGCAGCAUGAGCUGUGCAAUAACGUGCGCGACCCGUACCAGCGUACCAGCGUGCCCGGUGAGCCCAAGAACACCAACAGUGUCGUCGACCUGCAGCGCUACAACGUGAACUACAGCCUGAACUUUACGAAAAAUCAGUACAACAUACUGAUCUCCCCGCCGCUCCAUCCGGACCUGGGACCGCGGGUGGCCGUCCCACCGUACGAGGAGCAGCAGCCAGCGAGCAACCGGCCGGCGACGACACGCGCAAAGCAUCAGCUACCACACUACAAUCAGCGGGAGCGUCCACCGUGCCCAGCGUCCAACGGUCAACCGAACAACAAGAAGUCAGGAGACGGAACCGGGAAGAAACCGCAGACCAACACGGUGAACCGUCACGAACCUCGGGCGGGGCACGAACCGGGUGUGAUUCUUUCCGAGAAGCAGUUGCUAGCCCAGCAGGAAGAGUUGGCGGGAAAGAUGCAGCGGGAAGAGAUCAUCAUCGAGCACAGCCAGCUGAUGGGCGGAGAAGGGCCGGGUUCCGCAAUCAUACACCCCGGCGCCGAACGUCCCGGCCAGCUGCCGUACGAUCAUCGACGAGGUGCGGGAAGUACUUCCGGCUCGAAGGGACUCGGCGCGUUCAGUGUGCUGACGCAGGGACAUCACUUUACACAGAUAAUUGCAGCACUCGCCGUAUCGCUCGGCCCGCUUGCCGCCGGUCUUGGGAAAGGCUACUCCAGCCCGGCCAUUGACAAUCUGCAGGAGCUGCAAAAUGUGAAGCGCGGCAACUACACCCACUUCUCGGUGAACGAUCAGCAGGUCAGCUGGAUCGCUAGCCUCUCCCUGCUCGGCGCCCUGUUCGGCGGCAUGUUCGGCGGCUUGGCGAUGCAGUACGGGCGCAAGCGGGUUCUCACUCUGAUGUCUCUCCCAUUUUCCAUCUCCUGGUUACUGACGAUGUUUGCCAAAUCGGUCGAAACGAUGUUCUUUACCGCGUUCGUCGGUGGAUUUUGCUGUGCGAUCGUUUCAACCGUGGCGCAGGUGUACGUGAGCGAGAUCGCUUCGCCGGACAUUCGGGGGUUCCUCAGCGCCAUCCAGAAGAUUGCCGGCCACUUCGGUAUGCUGAUUUCGUAUCUGCUCGGGGCGUACCUGGACUGGCGCCAGCUGGCCAUGCUGAUCGCGAUGGCACCGAUAAUGCUCUUCAUAUCUGUGAUCUAUAUACCGGAAACGCCGAGCUUCCUAGUGUUAAGAGGGUGCGACGAGGAGGCACACCGCUCACUGCAAUGGUUGCGAGGACCGCACAAAAACGUGGAGCUCGAGCUGGACACGAUCCGCUCGAACGUACGGACGACGCGCAUGAACCUGCUGAAUCGACUCAGCUCUUCAGCGCCAGCGACCGCGAACGGUACGGUGCCGGUAGAUGGCGCCAACGGCCUACCACUGGGAGGUGAUCGACGUCCCGGACUUCGCCACUACAUCGAGAUGAUCUCGUUUUCGGCGAUCGUCGCGAACGUCAAGUCAGUCCUGCGCAACGCGCGUCUAGUCAAACCAAUCCUCAUCACGUGCGGAUUGAUGAUCUUCCAGCGUUUCACUGGUGCCAGUUCGUUCAACUUCUACGCCGUCACCAUCUUCCGCAAAACGUUCGCGGGGAUGAACCCGCACGGUGCGGCCAUUGCAGUAGGCUUUGUGCAGCUGCUAGCCUCGAUGCUUUCCGGUUUGCUGAUCGAUACGGUCGGUCGUAUCCCGCUGCUGAUCGUCAGCAGUAUCUUCAUGUCCCUUGCGCUGGCCGGGUUCGGCUCGUGCGUGUACUAUGGCGAGACGAGCAAGAUGCUUGUGGCCGAAGGAGGCGUCCUAUCCGACGUUAGCAUGGCGGCAGGCCAGAACGACUGGAUACCGCUGCUGUGCGUGCUCGUGUUUACCGUGGCCUUUGCCCUAGGGAUAUCGCCUAUCUCCUGGCUACUGGUUGGAGAGCUCUUCCCGCUCGAGUACCGCGCAGUGGGCAGCUCGAUCGCCACCAGUUUCAGCUACUUCUGCGCCUUUCUCAGCGUGAAAACGUUCGUGGACUUUCAGAGCUUUCUCGGGCUGCACGGUACGUUCUGGCUGUACGCAUGCAUAUCCUGCGUGGGGCUGUUCUUCGUCAUCAUGGUCGUGCCGGAAACGAAGGGCCGCGACCUGGAGGAGAUGGACCCGCGCUACGUGCGAACGCUGACGAUCAAUCGAUGAGACAUGGGUACCCACGUAGAGUAUUUAGUAUAGUAUUUAAGGGACCGUUUCCUUUCCCGUAUGCGGCACGGCUUGUUGGAGGUCGCGAGCGCUUCUAAACUCCUGAAGUCUAUAAGAGAAGUCCCCUGCGUCAUCCUCUUGCUUGGCUUCAAGGUGUUAGUUAAGUAACUGCAGAACUGACCUCCCAGAGCCGCAGAUAAGUCACGAAGUGUGAAGUACCGCUCGUUGGACAAGUAUUAGACAAACGUCAGAGAGUCCACCAGUGGAGGAUCACUGUGGAAAGGAACCCCCAUUUUUAGCUCAGCCGCUUAGCCCUCGUCGGACGCGGUCGAUUGGUAGAGCAUUUAACUAGACUGUGCGUAGAAUGUCGUUGUGUUUGUGCUUUCCCUCAACGCGCCCAAACACUCCGCGGUAGUACUCGAAUUGGAGAGAUGAAGGAGAAUUCAACGCAAAAUCGAGCAAUUGUUCCUAAUAGAGUUUCGUCGCUUGUUUGUGUUGGUGGCACUACCACGCUGGUGGGUUCGCUAGCUCGCCAGGUGGUUCUUACGUAGGAGGAGCUAGAAAAUCUAAGCAAAAAAACGAUUUAAAUAGUGAAACUCGUCCAGUUGAAACGAAAUGUAGAACAGCAAACAAAAAAAAAACAAAAAUUCGGAAGAUGAGGUCCUUAGGCUUCAAAAAAAAGAAGGUCAAUUGUGGCCACGGUGUUCCCGCGUGCGGCAAGCCCGCGCGUUCUUAGAUGGUAGCAAACAGAGAGAGACAAUAAUUUAUAAAGUAGAGCGAAACACAGAGUAUAAAAUGAACAAUUAUAGUAAACCGUUUAACAAAAUUGAGGACUGUGCCGGCCUGCACAGUCCUACAGACUUAUAAAUAUAGAUAUAUAUACAGAUCUAUUAUACAUACUUAUAUACAUACAGAAUCAAAAACAAAACAAAACCAGACUGGCCAGUCGCAGGCUACGGUCGGCAGGAGAAGUAUUUUUAAAAAAGGAAAACCAAGCAAAACGAACGCACCCCAGGAACGGAGGAACAAUAAUCUAUACCGUAGACAGUAACAUAUAAUCGAACCUUGCUUACAAACUAGACAACUUAGCCCCCUCUUAUGGAGCAGUGUUGGAAUGAAGAAAAAUGUGGGGUAAGAGUGCCAGUUCCGUUUCUUUCCCUGCUUCCUUGGGCAACAGAAACAUUCGGGGAGGGGUACAGUUUGCAUUUGCCUAGCCUAGAUCCUAUAUAACGCAUGUUAGUGUACAUACCGACCGAGAGAGAUAUAGAGAGAGAGAGCGUGCGGACUCUUACCUGGUGCGCUAGAGUUAAUGCCGGCCAAGCCGGGUGUGCAAGAUUUUAUAAAUCGACAUAUCUUCCAACAAACGUCAGUGUGACAGUUCACGAUAAUGGGUGAGCGAGUAUUUGCCACCAGCAGACACGACACGAGGCUCGAAAGUGCGAUUUGUAAUGCAGAUUGCAUGCAUUUAGGCGGUUGUAUUGCAACCUCUGCCUAAAGGUAUACAAUCUGCAGAACAAAAUCGACUUAUUGGAGCAUUAUGAUAAGUCGCUUAUUAGUACAGCGUGGAGACUUAAGUAAAGCUGUCACCCAACUGUCUAGUAUGUAAUCUGUUUUUGUAAGCGGCAAUCGAGUAGGGAUGAUUAAUUUAUUUUACGCGUUUCCUUCACCAAGUCAAUUCACCACUCUCCUUUUUAGUAUCGAAUACGUACACUGUUAUCACACUCUUACUACUACUCUUACUAACUACUAACUAGCAGAUCCCUCACGAUCACACCCUAUCUACCUGAUGUUGACAUUAACACACACACACAGACGUACACUCAACCACACGUUGCGUAUCAGUUGUAGCGAUCAGUACAACUAAAAGUAUAUCAAUUUUCCACUAGUACAAAGCUGGUUAUAUCAGUAAUAGAUGAAGUUUAAAAUUGUACUGUUUUUUAUUGCCCGCCCCAAACUUUCACGUUAAGCGCACUGACGCACUAUCAAUCUCCCAAGCGUAGACAAGAGAGAAAGAGAGAGAGAAAGAUCGACCAAAACGCAUUCGCACUCGACUCGAAAUUAUCUCGAAAAACUGUAUCGUACAAAAACAAACACAACACAACAACAACAAAAAGUGAACCUUCCUUCUCUUUUACUCGACUCUCGUGUUAAGCCACAUUUUACUAGCCUCGUUGUUUCCAGGUUCUAUUGUUGCUUGCCCAAAGUACUACUACCCACUACUACUCUUACAAACUACUCUCUCCCUUUUUGCGCACAGCGUGGUUCAGCGGAGGUGGAGAGAGCAGUUUGAUCUUUACACACAAGUUUAACACGCGCACACACUAACACAGAAACCCGUUUUUAUAUAUUGACGGCGACGUAAGCCGGCACGAGAACAGAGCGUACAUCGAUCCGAAGGAAAGAGGCUCACGACAAUGAGCGUACCGGAAUGCCAUGACAAUAAAGUAAAGCAGAGAAACAAAUCAAAAACCGAGUGUUCAGUCAACUAGGUACCAAAUGGGUAUAAAAUGCCUAGUGAAAUAGAGUUGAAGAAAAAAAAAACAAACAAACGGAUGGUAUAACUAGCAAACUAAAGUAAAGCUUAGCUACUGAUGUAUCGCUCGUUUUUUGAUGUGAAAAGCAAAAACCUACAAGAGCCUCCCAAAUACGAGAAAACAUUGCGUUCUCAGUAGUAGGGUUUAGCCAAUCGCAAUAGCUUUCUUUCGCUAUAAGACCCAUUUCAAAUCCCUACAGCUCGAAACGUCCCAUUUUAAACGUAUCGGAAUGAGCCACAAAAUAAGGAUAAAAAAGUUUGUAAACCGUUGUAACUGUAUUUACAAUUCGUGCUAAACGUUUCUAAGCAAACGAUAUCGAGUACACCAGGACAGUGUCAUAGCAAUUUUUGAUUUAAAAAACAAUGGGCUUUGCUUACUUAUAUAAACACCGCAAAAGCGUUUGCCGCUCAGCCAAAUCGGGAUAUGGGACGAACAUUUAAAGAGGCGUUUUACGCUGUUUAUACCAUUAAACCAACGCAACACAAGCAACAGUGGGCACGUGACUUAGAGAGGGUUUUUUUUUGUUUUUUAUUAGAUUAAACAGAUUUACUCGUACUUACAGCAAUUAAGUACCGAAAACGACUGCUUAGGUACAAGUGGUUUUGAUGCAUGAGACCAACACCUGACCGCUUCUUCAUCAAUUUCGCUUAGGGUGUACUUUUGUGUGUUGGCAUGUGGCAAUCGUACUGUGCAAAGAGAGAGAGAGAGAGAUAGAGAGAGAGAGAGAGAGAGAGAGAGAGAGAGAGAGAGAGAGGAAAAAUACCGCAAUAACAUUAUGUGUACAUUGUUUAUGUCUUAAGUUGGUUUACAAACUGUAACGCAAAUAGUAUCGAAAUGAAUUUCAUUUUUUUACAACUAAACAUAUGAUUUGUUUUCUUUAUUUUGUUACUCCUAUUUACUUUUAUUCCCUUAUUUGUAGUUAUUUUUCUCUUUACUUUACUUGUUAUUUUGUUACUUUUACAGCUUAGUGUGCUUUGGUGGUGCUUGCUCAAAUAAAGGAAAGAAAGAAAAACCAUAUUCCUCUAAAAAGAAACAAAUUCUCCGCUGCAAAAUGGUGAAAAAUAUGUGCAAAAUUCUAAAGCGUUAAUAUAAAAAAAAACAAACCCCAAAAACCGUGUUAUUUCCUAACAAUUCGUGACCGAUUCUACUACAGUAAAAAGCGUGUUGUAAUAGAAACAUUUUCUUCUUAGCAUAGUACGUCGACAAUAUGAUAGAGCGAAUUAGAUCAAUUUUUUCUACAACGACACAAACCAAAUACCAAAUUAAAAACAAAAAACGCAUUUGCUGUGCGAGUAGGAUGUAGUAGGUAAAACGAAAUAAAAUAUAGAAGAAGAAAACAAAAAAAACGUAAGCAACACGCCAACCACAUAUACAAACAUAUAUGCAAGACAACAACAACAAAAGAACAACAACAUUUCGCAACAUACAACCACAAAACAACGUCAAUAAAUGGAAAAGAAAAGGAAGAGGAAAAUCAUACUGAAACUCCAAGAAAAGUAGCUUUAAAUGUGACAAUAAAAAAUGAUAGUUGUUUAUUACUUAGUAUCGCAUGAGUAAAAGAGUAAAACUAAGGCCAACUAGAAAAAGCCUAACCUACCUUGCAACCACACUUACAUUCAUGAUAUAAAA